AUGGCGACCUCCAGCUUACCGGGUCGAAUCACCAUCACCGUGAGCACGGCGUCGGGUGCGAGCUGCACCAUUGCAGCCUUGGCGUCGGGGCGUGUGGACCAACUUCACGGGGCCAUCGAGCGGGUCCUGAAGAUCCCGACCUGCGUGCAGAAUCUGAUCAUUGCUUGCGAGGGCGGCUCGCGGGAGAUCAAGAGCCACGAGCUCCUGUCCCGCCUUCCCUUGGAAAGCUGCCAGAAUCACCUCACCGUCUUCAACAGCUGGCCGAAGGAUCCCGAAGAGACCGUCGAGAAGCUGAAGUCGGCCUCCCGCUCUCCGACGGCGCGAACUGCAGCAGCUGUCGCACGGUGCUUGACCUUUGAAGACAGCUAUGUUCAAGCUGCCGCCCUUCAGGCACUCUCAUGGAUGGGAAAGGAGGUUUGGGACCGUUCCCGUCAGCCAAGAGUUUCCCCAUUUUCGCCGGCCAUGGGGAGUUCCCUGGGAAGCUGCGGCGCCGAUGCCGGGGUGAUCAACUCAGAGCCGGUCCACGACCGAAUGUUCGUGAUUUUCGUGUCUCAUCAGUGGCUUGGGGCCACACAUCCAGAUCCACGUGGAGAGCAGUUAGCAGUUCUCCGCCAGAGCCUGACGGGCAUCAUCGAAGGGUCUUUGCACGUCGAAGGCGACAUGAUAUCCCUGAUCAAGGGCAGGCCGACACUUCAGCUUCCAGAUGCUAUCCGAAAGGAGAUCCAACACGGGUUCCUGUUUCUGGAUUGGUUUGCCAUCCCGCAGAUCACCGCGCGGCAUGAGGGAGUGAACGAAGCUGUAACACGGUCGAAUGCGGCCCUUGCCGUACAAAGUAUUCCGGCCUACGUAGAGGCAUCGAAUGUCUUUGUGGCCUUGGUGCCCGAGUUACCACAUAUGACCCGCGGCACUCGAUGCAACUAUCCGUCGUGGCUGUCCAGGGGAUGGUGCCGCGCCGAACUUUACUGCCACCUUCUGUCCAACAAGCCUGACACAAGUGUCAUUGUUAUACAUUCUGCUAUGGAGGCUGAAUACAUGUUUCCCCUCGAUUGGCAGCACAACACUGUAGCAGAAGGCGACUUCACAGUCGAGAGUGACAGGGCCAUCGUGGUUAAGCUCAGUGAGAUGGCAGUGGACAGCAAGAUCCGACAUCUAGGGGCCAAGGGCCCUACAGCCUUUUAUCGUUUCUACGUGGCCUACCGAGCGAAGCUUCUCGGUCGGCCCUGCCUCCCUUGGGACCUCGUGGGUUUUUUGGAGAACUUCCGCUUUCCAAGCUUCCAGGAUGCAAUUUCCGACAAGAUCAUGAACGGAGCUCUGUGCGCAGUCAUCGCAGGGGAUGCGCAAAUGCUCUCCAGGCUGAUACAGCGCCGGGCCGAUGUCAACUAUCGAGUUUCUGGUUUGAGCGACUUGGGGUUCUACGACAGUCAGACGCUUCUCAUGGUGGCAGCAAAAUCGCAUCAAAGCGCAGAGGUGCUCUCAACACUGCUAGAGCUUCGGGCAGAUGUAAAUGCGAGAGACCGCAGUGGACUCAAUUCUGCUUUCUACGCUCGCUCCGCGCAACAAGUGAAGGUGCUGGUGGAGGCCAAGGCAGACAUUCAUUCCAUCUGCUCGCCGCUCGGCUUGGCUCCACUGACAGGAGUUGCUUCCUCCGCAGAUACGGGCACGGUCGCCGCAUUGCUAGAGGCGAUGUGCGAUCCCAACCCAGAGCCAAGUGGAGCCGGCUAUGGUCCACUACAUGGUGUCGCCGGCUUCGCAAGGCAAAGCAACAGGUUCUCUGCUAGCAAGGCCCGCUUGCUGCUCGCAAGCCGCGCAGACAUUAACAUGCAAGCACGUCCUACUGGCAAGUUCCGAUUGAUUACAUUGGCCGCCCGUGCUCACACUGGCCUUUUGGGCUUUGGCUCCGGCUCAAUUUCGGCCCGGCGUGUGGCGGCUCUUCCUGGCAUCACCCCAUUAGGGACUGCUGCUAUGUUAGGUGACGGAGAGUUGGCCCAGCUUUUUCUGGAGUUUGGGGCUCAAGUGCUCGAGAACGAUCGUGGCCGAUUUGGCGGCGCGCAACGGCCAGGACCACUUGCUCUCCAUGCUCUCUACAUUUACCGUGCCGCCACAAGAAGCAUCUUUAGCUCGGCCUCUGAGAUGACCAAGAGCGUGAAGGCUCGCAUGCCCAGCGUGCCGUGGAAACGCCGCCCGAAGAAGAAGGCCGCGACGAUGAUCGUAGACAGCACACCGGAACGCUCGUCUCCAAUACCAAGGAGCAGUACCGGCUCCUCGCAGCCGCUAUCUCCUGGAGUGCUUCCAAGAGCGGCACUCCCGCUGGGCCAGAUCUUCCGGAGCAUGCUGCACUGGCGGAGGCGGGCAGAUCACGAGCUUGAGCGAAUCCAGGCCAAGAUUGACGACAUGUGGCUGCACGAGAUGAUGCUGGGCUGUGACACCGAACUCUUCGAGACAGUGCGGAAG